AAAUGAGGGCAACAGGAAAAUAUUCCAUCCAAUACUCUAAGUCCAUGGGCGGUGUUGAGGCCGAUCGCCCUCUGGUUUCAUAGUAAUCCUUCUUCAUUCACCAUUAACUUCUCGUACUAUUCGCUCUCUCUUUCUCACUCUAUAUCUUCCUAUUUUCUCUCUCUCUCUCUCUCUGAACAUAUACAGAUAAGUAUACACAUUCAUCAUCAUCAUCAUCACCACCCAUUUCAAGAAAGUUGUGAAAUUUCUGGUUUUGAAUUUGAAUGUUUAGUGACUUUUGGUUUUACGUAUGUAAUGCAUCAGAAAAAAUCUGAAGUUCAAAUCGGAACAGAAAGCAGUGGCAUCUCUUCCGAUUUCAACCUCACCCCAACUUCUCUUACUCAAAAACACCCUUCUCUUUCUCAGAAUUUCCGGCCAACUCUCCACCACAAUCCGCCGUCGAAGAACAACGCCGCCACCUCCUCCUCCACCACUCUUCAAAUUCUGAUUGACAGUGAAAAACUUCAGGAGGAAAAUGGCCCGUUUAAUAAUAUUCAGCAAUUUUCAAAUUUAAUCACUAAAGUUUCGAGUUUGUCUAAUGCAUUUCACAGAUAUGGGUUGAUUUCUGCUCAAAAUCUGCCAUCAAAAUUUAAUUUCUUAUACACCAAAUCUCAGAAAUUCUUGGCCCAUUUUCACCACCACCUCUGCCGCCUCCGCCUCCACCUUCGGCUUAUUCUGCUAUUUGCCUUACCCUUUCUGUACUUCCUCGUAUCUCAGCCUUCACACUCCUUCAUUCUUGAUUUCGUCUAUGCGUUCGCCUUCUCCUCCGUUCUUCUAUUCUCCCUUAAUUUAGCCAUUCCUAGGCUCCCAACGAUAAGGCUGUUCUUAGCGAGAUCAUUCCCUAUUAUAAUCAAAGGAAAGAACCAAGUGAAAGGGCCACAUUUCCCUGUAUUUUGGUCAAUUGGAUCAAGCCAAAAUGCCAAUAAAAAGGCCAUUUCAGGGUGUUUUGUGCAGGCAUAUAGCAAUGGAGAUGUAUAUGAAGGUGAGUUCCAUGAGGGGCAGUGUAGUGGAAAUGGUGUGUAUUACUAUUUCAAGAGUGGGAGGUACGAGGGAAAUUGGGUAGACGGUAAAUAUGACGGAUUUGGGGUCGAGACAUGGUCGAGGGGUAGCCGGUAUAAAGGGCAGUAUCGGCGGGGUCUCAGGCAUGGUUUUGGGGUGUACAGGUUUUACACAGGGGAUGUUUAUGCAGGGGAGUGGUCUAAUGGACAGAGCCAUGGAUGUGGUAUUCAUACUUCUGAGGAUGGAAGUCGAUAUAUGGGGGAAUUCAAGUGGGGGGUAAAACAUGGCCUUGGACACAACCAUUACAGAAACGGGGAUGUAUAUGCUGGAGAAUAUUUUGCUGACAAGAUGCACGGAUUUGGAAUCUAUAGGUUUGCGAAUGGCCAUAUUUACGAGGGAGCUUGGCAUGAAGCGCAAAGACAAGGUCUUGGAACUUACACUUUCAGUAAUGGAGAAACUCAAUCUGGUCAUUGGCAAGAUGGAAUUCUUGAUGUUUUGAGCACGCAGAACAGCAACUAUCCUGUAUCUCCUGUUGGCGUCUACCAUUCCAAAGUGCUCAACGCAGUCCAGGAGGCACGCUGGGUAGCAAAGAAAGCUUAUGAGGUUACCAAGGUGGACGAAAGAGUAAACAGGGCAGUAUCAUCAGCUGAGAGGGCAGCUAAUGCAGCUCGAGUAGCAGCAGCAAAGGCUAUGCAAAAGCAAAUGCAUUGUAGCAGAAACAGGGACGAGAUUUCAAUUUCAGUCCUGUAAAAUCUUGCAUCUGAUAAGUUUUCCAGUUGCCGAAGAAUGAGAUGAUUUUUCCUUUUUCUCCUCGAACUGGGCAUGAUUUGUAGAACCUUAAUUUUCAGGCAGCUCAUUCUUGCUUUUCAACUCAGUAUCAUUUUUGUAAAAGUUAAGCUAGGAAAAUGUAGUGACCAUUCUCAGGGAGGAUCCGUAUAUGGUACUUCAAAAGUAAAUUGUUGCAACA